AUGAAAAACUCAAUUCCAUAACGUAAUUGAAACAGCCACCAAGUGUCGGAGGAGCAGCUAACCAUUCUAAUCUCAAGCUUUCCCCUCUGUUACCGCCACUACUCGCUACUCUCUCUCCUCAUAUUAUCAUUUCCACCAUUUUCUCUCUCUUCCUUCGAAGAUCCCUACAUCUUCCCUCAUUCCUUCAUCCAUGGCGGAAAAUACCGACGCACCACCAACAACAAUUGAUCCAAUCGAAAUCCAUACUCGUCGUGAGCCGUUCGAGUAUGGCCUUCUUCCUAUCCCUAAACUCAUCUUUGCUGAUCCUUCUGUUACUCUUGGAUCUCUCAAAGAAAAUCUUCUUCAACGCAUUUCUGAUUCUGAUUCUUUCCGUGUCGACUCGUUCGCCAUCGCUGAUUUCCUUCAAAUAUCUCAUGAACAUUCUCGACUUAUUCUGGAUACCCUAGCUUGUGUUCUUCCUUUUGAAUCCGAUCCCCUUGUUGUUGCAAAACCUGAAGAUGUUUCUUCUGUCGGUGUUAAUGUGUUUGAUUUGAUUUUGUUUUUGUAUAUUCAAUCUUAUAAAAGACUUUUACCUCGAACUCAUAAGGAUUCUGCUGCUGUUGCCGAUGUUUGGCCUUCUACUUCUGCUUUUGAUGGUUAUUUGUCUGCUCUUUCUCCUAUCCAGCUUGUACGCAGCAAUACUCGCAAAUUUAUGCCAUCACAAGCAGAUGAAGAAGCUCAUCAAUUAUCCUACUUACAAAAGCACUUGGCAAAUAUUCUAACCCUUUUAGCAGAGCCAAUUGAAGGCGAAGGCGAUGAAGCUUUGGUUCUCCCAAUGGAAAGGUUUGAACACCUCGGUUUUCUGAUUCAGUUUUGUAUGAAGGGAUCUGAAGUAGUACCAUUGAGCCAAGCAGCACCAUUUUUUGCAAAUUCAGACCCUGAUAUGCCUGCUGCACCGGUACCUGCAGCACAAGUUCAUGAUUGGCUUCUGCAGAAGAUAGCUGAUGCUUUAGAACAUAUAACUGAAAGGGCCACUGCGAAGGAAAAUGGUCCAUCAAAUGGUUCUGAUCAAGACAUUGCUAUGGCUGAUGCUAACACAGGCUCGGCUAAGGCUUCAACAAGCUCUAGAGGCUUGACUUUCAUUGAAGGCAUUUCUAAGUCCUCUUAUGUGAAACAAGCCGCUGAAGUAGGCUCCUCACUCAAGGUUCUGAAUUGUCAUGACUCUGUUAUUUAUGUUUUAGCACCAUUAAGAUAUGCCACCAUAUAUGGCUGCUCUGAUGCAACCAUAGUUCUUGGAGCUGUUGGCAAGGCUUUAAGAGUGGAACAUUGUGAGCGAGUACAUGUCAUCUCUGCAGCUAAACGAGCUUGCAUUGCAAACUGUCGUGAGUGCAUGUUUUUCCUGGGAGUCAACCAACGGCCUCUUAUUGUUGGUGAUAACCAUAAGCUACAGGUGGCACCAUACAAUACCUUUUACCCACAUUUGGAGGAUCACAUGAGUCAAGUUGGUGUUGAGCCCACCAUUAACAUGUGGAAUGAACCUUUGGCACUGGGUGUGGUUGAUCCACACGAUUCAUUAUCACAUCCAGCAGGUGUUUCUGAUGUUCAAGCUGAGACAGCUGCACUGCUUGAUCCUGAUCAGUUUACGAACUUUUUGAUUCCAAAUUGGUUUGGUGGUGAAGAUCUGGGAACCACUAAAGACAACCCAUUUUCUUUACCUGAAGCUUAUAUUGCCUCCCAGCAAAAAAAUAACACAAACCUGGGAGAGGUUAAGCAAGUUCUGCAAGAGACCCCACUCGACGAGGGCAAAAAACGAGAAUUGUCUUGUGCACUUCAUGUAUUAUUCAAAGAUUGGUUGUACGCUUCUGGGAAUAUUCGCCAACUCUAUUGCUUACAAGGAGACUGAUACGCGCGUCUGCAAAAAAAUGAUCAAGAUCGUGUAGGAGGAUGUUCCUUUGCUUGUCUUCGACUUGAAAGCCCCGUAUUUGUGACCUUUCGAGUCGAUGAUGUUCUCUACUUGUAACAUCAUUUACAUAGUAGUAUUGCAACAAUUAUAAAUUAGAAUUUGGGCAGGGUGCAUGUUUUGCGCUAUGCUAAGCUCUUCAAUUUUUCGUGUAAGGAAAUUCUUUGUAUGAUUUAGUUUCUGUAGUUCACCCGCUGUGAAAUUUGUUACUGGAGUUCCUCAUUUGUCUGAUUGCAUAUCUUAUUCAUAUGCUGCCGUAUUCGUUUUCAA